CCCAAAAAGCCCUCCAGCAGAUGGGGCGGGAUAAUUGUGAGCAAAAUCAAUAAAAACAGGCGAGAAACAGCAGAUCUUUUCAGACAUCACUGAUACGACUAGAGCAAAACAUGAUCAACGAGCAUGGGUACAGCGGGAGAAUGAUACAGCAGAAACCGGUCAUCAGCCUCAAGACAUUUGCAAAAGAACAUGCACAGAGAGCUUCUGGAGAACUGUCUUAUCUUCAGAUGAAUCCAAAUUGAGAAAGCCAGGAGAAGAACUCCAACCCGAGUGCACAUAGGUGGAAAUGGUGAAGUCUGGUGCUGUCUUUCUUACUGUUGGUGAACUCAGGUGUGUACAGAGGCAUUAUUCAAGCAACAGGAGCAUCAUAGCCAGUGAUGGUCCUCCCAGAGCCAGGACUUACAGUAAAGCCUCCAGAGCAUCCACAGGAUGUGGUGGAGAAGAAAUCCACAGUUUGGAGAUGCUCUAGUGUGGAUGAACUGAAAGUUUUAUCGGUUUUGUUGCUUGAACCUUGGAGGAAACUUCCAGCACAGCUCUUUUAGGGUUAACUGUGAUGUAACUGUGAUGUUUAACGAAGCUGUCCAAAUACUUUAUGUCCAAUUAUGUAUCUAUUAUUUGUUUUUUUUUUUAUAUUUUUUUAAGCAUAACUGUUUUGGGGAAAUGCUCUGUGUUAUCUUUGUUUAAAAACGUAUGCCAACUGGUCUGACAUGUUGUUUUCUAAUGCAGUGAAAUUGAGACAGCCCAAAUAAAUAGGUUUAUAGGGCCGUUGUAGGCCUGCAUGAUGCAAAAAAACGGACGGAUGCUCUAAUAUAUAAAUAUGUACUGCCACAAUUCAACUUUAUUCUCUCUUUUUUUUUUAUUCCGACAGAUGGCAGGAAAGUUAUGUUUUUCACCACAGCUCUGUCCGAGUAGAAAAGCUAAAACGAACGAGGGCGGAGUCCUAGAACAAUUGUAUUAGGGGACGGGGGGCGGAGCUUGAAUCUCAAACAACUCUACAUUCGCUAUACAAGUGCACUACGUAGGGCUUAGCAGCCAUUGUUUUUUUAAAUGCUAAAGUAGUGCGCGCGUGUAGGGACCCGUGAGCGGUUUGGGACUCAGCCGCAGCCGGGGAGCUCCUUGGCAACGGGGCGCUGGAGGAAUGAAUUUUUACGGCGCCGUCAGUUUCAAGUCGGUGCGGAACAUUAUUAUUAUUGCGGACACACACACACACACACACAUAUAUAGAAGAGAAAUAACAAUAAGCGACCACUUAAAAGGAGAAAAUAAAUAAAUGAAAAGGAAUUACUUCUGGGACUCAGGAGCAGAAAUUUCUCGCGCGCGCACAGAGCUCUCGUGAGGGUCGUCAAGUGUGUGCGCGAGCGGUCAAACAGAAAGAUGCUGAGGAGAUGCUAAAUGUUAAGAGUUGUUUUUUUUUUUGCUAUAAAAGGUCACUUAAAAAGACGUGAUAAAGCGUAAAUACUAUUUAUUCUGUAGGCGACACCUAACAAAAGAGUCGUGUGAGGAAAGUAACUCAGGUGUUUGUUUGUUUUUUUUUGUUUUGUUUGGUUUUUAUUUUGUUUUUCCGGACACGGAGUUCUUUUCAGCACCAUGACGACAGAUUAAGACUUUAUUUAUUUUUUUAUAGAAAACAAAAUUGAGUUUUCAGUGCAAAUAUGAGCUGUUUCUGCUCCACUCAAGAGGAAUUCUACUGCGAGGUGUUGCUUCUGGAUGAGACGAAGCUCAUUUUAACCUCCCAGCAUCAGGGCUUGAAGAAAUCCACCAAGGGCUCUGUGGUGCUGGAUUACGUGUUCAGCCACGUCAACCUUUUAGAAAGCGACUACUUCGGCCUGCGCUACUGCGACCGCAGCCAUCAGACAUAUUGGUUAGAUCCGACAAAAACCCUGGCAGAACAUAAAGACCUUAUAGCAACCGGCCCACCAUACACACUGUAUUUCGGAGUUAAAUUUUAUGCCGAGGAUCCCUGUAAACUACAGGAGGAAAUUACAAGGUACCAGUUCUUCCUUCAGAUAAAGCAGGAUGUGCUGCAAGGAAGAAUUCCAUGUCCCUUCAAUGUCAGUGCACAGAUGGCAGCUCUGGCGAUCCAGUCCGAGCUCGGAGAUUAUGACCCGUACAAGCACAUGCCAGGCUACGUGUCGGAGUAUCGCUUUGUUCCAGACCAGAAAGAAGACUUGGAGGACGCGAUUGAGCAGGUUCACAAAACUCUAAUGGGUCAGGCGCCUUCCGAAGCGGAGAUGAAUUAUUUAAGCAUGGCUAAAACCCUGGAGAUGUAUGGGGUGGACCUUCAUCCUGUGUUUGGGGAAAAGCAGUCCGAGUAUUUCCUGGGGCUGACACCAGUUGGAGUUGUAGUUUAUAAAAAUAAAAGCCAAGUUGGGAAGUAUUUCUGGCCAAGGAUUACAAAAGUAUUUUUCAAAGAAACACAGUUCGAGCUGCGCGUUCUGGGGAAAGAUUGCAAUGAGACAUCAUUCUUCUUCGAAGCUCCCAGCAAGGCGUCAUGUAAAAACCUUUGGAAGUGUUGUGUGGAACACCACACCUUCUUCAGUCUUCAUUCCCCAAGUAACUCAAAUUACAGAAUGCCGGAAAAUGAGGUCAACACACUGUCAAGCAAGCUGUCCAAAUUCAGCUCUCUGGGCUCCAAACAUCGUUACAGUGGGAAGACCGCCAUGCAGAUGGGAAAAGAUCAGUGUGUCAGUUUGCCCAGGCCGAAUCUGGAGGUGGUGCGCACACGCAGUAAGACUUACCCAAAGAGGAGCACUCAGCCUACAAGCUUGAACAAUGGGAGUCGAUCAGUCACAAAGGCAGGAAAUUCCCUGGGUGAAGGCCAGGCUAAAGCCAGCACACUCCCACCCGCCAAGAGCCCCAAAGUGUCCAAGACAGAGAGCGUUUCAGAGGAUCAGCCAAGCAAGCACCUGGCCCCCUGGGACGAGAACGCACCACAGAGCGGGCUGUACAACCAGGCCAGCGAGCGAAACAAAUCUCCCAAAUUCCCAAACACACGUAGACGUUCACCCUCAGGAGGGAGCGAGAACGAGGUCAUGAACUCCUCCAGGCACAGGAAAGUGAGCAGUGAGGAUCCAUCCAGCAAACAGCACCGGAGAAGGUCACGUUCCCGUGGCAACACAAGCAGCGGCAGUGAGUCAGAGAAUUCCAACAGAGAGCAUCGUAAGAAGAGGAACCGGUCUCGGCAGGAGAACGAGAUGGUCGAUUCUGGACCGCAGUGGGAGGCUGUGCUUCGCAGGCAAAAGGAGAAAAACCCGAAUGACCCCAACCACCGCCGCUCGCGCCAGCGAUCUCGAUCGAGAAGUCCAGAUGUUCAAGCUAAAGAGCAGCUGUGGAAGCAUAUACAGAAGGAGUUGGUGGAUCCAUCCGGUCUGACAGAGGACCAGCUGAAGGAGAUUCCAUAUAAGAAAGUAGAAACGCAAGGUGACCCGAUACGUAUCCGGCACUCUCACUCUCCCCGGAGCUACCGUCAGUACCGGCGCUCACACUGCUCCGAUGGAGAGAGGUCUGUCCUCUCAGAGGUCAACUCUCGGACUGAUCUGGUGCCUCCACUUCCUGUUACGCGCACCGUAGACAUGACAGGGUCCAGUACUGCCACCUCACAGAAGAAUGGAUCCAAAGACAACCUGUCGGAGAGCUCUGGACAGGAGACAAAAGGCAGCAUCAAGGCGGCGAAAACCUCACACAGCUCUCGGAUGAAAAACGAAACGUGACCGCGUUCGCGAUUUGAAACACCGUGAAAGGUUAGGAGAGGUAACGGACAAUCUACUGAGACCUGGAAGUAUUCAACACGACUAGAUGGAAAUUUCAGACAGACACGGAACUCCUGUCUAAAACUAUCCAUGCCGAAAGCUUGUCUGAUAAAUAAGUUAGUGUUAAUUUAUAAAAAAAGAAAAGAAAGGCAUUUUGUACUUUUAUUAACUGAACAAACACGGACAUGAUCACCGUAAGUGUUUUAAACACCACUCAUUCUAUUCUGACAAUCAAGUGAAGGAUAAUGACUCAUUUAUAUAGCGAACACUGCACAGGCAUUAAGGUGUUACACCGAACACUGACUCUGACAUUUUAUACAGUAUUAAAUAUUCUUGAACUCGUUAUCGUACAUGUGGAUAUUAUCAUGCAAAGAAAUUGUACUCGUGUCCUCCGACGGUAGACUAAACUCUGUAGGAAACUGUUGCUGCUGUAGCUCUUUGUAUUGUCUUUCUCUGCUGUUAGGAAAUACACUGUACGUGGUUAACUGUAGCUGAGCUGGAGACUCAAUAAAAUAAAUUCAACAGAGAUGUAAUAGUCGCUAUUUUCAUAAUAUUAAAACCGCCUGCUUAAUACUGCGUAGGUCCGCCUCGUGCCACCAAAACACCUCCGUCGAGGCUUCAAGACCUCUGAAGGUGUGCAGCAGAUCCUUUAAGUCCUGUAAAUUGUGAGGUGGGGCCUCCGUGGAUCGGACUCAUCCUCCUCAAUGCAAAAACAACCCCAACACAUUUAAUCUCCUGAGCGAUUCAUUACCACCAACAUUACGACAGAAGUAACUGUAAUAGAUACGUUGUUAUGUGUAUUCUUAAUAAGUCUGUGUUUUGUGCUGCCUUUUCAGUCAAAUAUGAAAUACUCUGUGUUUUUUUUUACUCUGUGUUGAAAUUUCAGAAUUAUUCCGUUCUGCUGAUGGAUCAACGUUUAACAGCAUAACAUUUUCAGAUCAGAUAUUCAGUGCUGUUUACAAUUCGCUGCCACUAGGGGGAGUCACUCAACAUGUCCUAAUGACUCAGUAAUUCCGCUCUUCUCAGAAGAAGCAUCUGGCUGUCAUUCUAUAUAAUGGGAAACUAGUUUCAUUUGAUCUUGUUCUGUGUUUUUUUUCAUUCAUUCAAUCAUCAGUAAACACCUAAUCGUGGUCAGGGUCGUGGUGGAUACGGAGCCUAUUGCAGGAACACUGGGCACAAGUCCAGAGAAUUUACCCCGGAUGGGAUGCCAGUCCGUCGCAGGCAUCAUGCACGCACGCACGCACGCACACCCUCUUUAGUAAAGCUGUAAUUGCGUAUAUAACGUAGUAUUUAAGCAAUAGUGCAUGAGCAAGGGUGCGGUUAUACUGAAUAUCGUCGGGGUUUUUUACAGCCAAAUCACAGCUGUGCCGAUAUUCAGUAUAACCGCAAGAUUGCGGUGCGAUAUUGCUUUUAUACAACCCUAACCCUCCUGAUAUUUCUUUGUAAAUACCCUAAAGCUAACCAUU